UUUUUGGGAUUUUCCGCUUAUACGGCCAUACUACAUUGUAAAGAAGUAAAAAGAGAAGCAACAGCGUGAGGUGUAAAUAAUUUAAAAGAAAAUUCUGAUGUCCAAGCCAGAAUCAUCUAAAAGUCCCCCGUGAGCUUGAGCUUGGAACCCAACCCAGAACCAGGUCCAAUGACAAAUGUAACAACCGAAACUCACCAACCGCCCUGAGGAAGCAGAAGACAGUCUCCCGAGGUCAACCCACCACCACCCCCGAUUUAUUAUUAUUUCCUUUUCGUUUACUUUUUAACCCUCCGCUCGAGAACGUGGUUUCUUUUGCGACGUGCAAUACUUUGUGGCAAAAGUCUUGCAUCGUUCCAAAAGAGAGCAACCACUUGGAGCGACGAGCACGGCCGUACAAUACCCAAAUCCGUGGCCACCAAGCUGCAGCGUCUCAAGGCCAAGGCGUCUGCGAGCCAGCACUACGGUCGAAAGUCAUCGUCGGCUAUCGGGAACCAAAGCGAAGGCGGCGAUAGGAGCUCAUCCUCUGGAAUCCACGGUGGCCACAACCAUCAACGCGGUGGCGCCGCCGAGGAACCCAACUUUGCUCUGGCGGACGUGGCCGAGAAGUCAUAUCAAAGCCACAACAACAACAAUUAUCAAAAGUCAAACCACACCAGUGCCAAUUACAACCACUCCAACUAUAAUAACCACCCACAAAGCGCCACCACCAACCUGCCUUAUCAGCCCAAUAACAAUAUCAACACGAUGAUGAUGACCAAACAGAAGAAUUCGCUGGCCGAGCGCCUCAACAUCGGCGAGGAAGUGCGGGAGCUGAAGUUGGGUGCCACCUUCAAUCCGAAAAAUACCUCCACCGCCUUCCAUACUAUCAAAUAUGAUUUCAAGCCAGCAAGUGUGGACACCAGCCGCAUGGCAUCUGUGGAUGUGGGCUCCAACAAUCAAGUUACUGUUAUCGUGCCAAAUUCAGAAAGUUCCGGUGUGCCUCAUACAGUUUAUAAGGGUAAUCAAAGGGAGUAUGCAAAGGAGUGCUUGAUGAUCUACGACAAGGAGACGGGCGCUAUCACAAUAGAGAAGCUGAAUCACAACAUUCAAGUGAAGAAGACAAGGAGCGAAGUAACCAACAAGCCAGUUCUGCUGCCAGCGCAGAACAUGCCUGUGAAUAUGGGUCAGGUCCACAGUCAGGGUACAAACGGAGCUGGUGGAGCACCAGCAUCAGCUCCUGGCCACGCAUCCGGUCCGGCACCCAAAAUGGAGAACAGCACCAUGCGAAUCUCAUCAAAGACGAAAGUUUCCACGGGCAGCCGCCGAAAUAAUAUAAUUGACUUCAAGCCGCGCAAUUCGCCCAUGCAACAGAGCUCACCAUCGCGUCCAGUGCCUGUCCAUCGCAGUCCACAAUCUGCGCCAGCUUGGGAUGCAAAUAAUGCACAGCAGACUUUGCCCAGCAUUCCGAUGAUCACCGACGACGAUGACUUUGGAUUGAGGGCAGCCCUGCACAACAGCGGUCAUGCGAAUACCUCAGGUUCCUCGACCGGCUCGGCAGCUGGUCAGCCGGACUUUGGAUCCACGUCCUCGUCCUCGCACAUGGGCAAGCAGCGGCAGCCUCCUCCGCACGGUCAUGGCAAGCGCCAGCAGAUGCACCAGCGUGCAAGUCCACCAAUGGCCCAGCAGCAGCAACAGCACCACCAGCAGCCAUAUGGUCGUGGAUACAACGGUGGCCUCAACCACGCACAACAGCAGCAACAACGGCAGUCGCCCCAGCAGCGACCUUCGGCCUAUGGCCAGGCCAAUAGUAUGCCCAUAGACUUGGACUCCGGCAGGGAGCAUGAACUGACCUCGCAGUCCGUGGCGCAAGCUGCUGCGGCUUUGGAACAGCAAAUUGGUAAUGAAUUGAGUGCCUCGAGCUCCAGUUCUGAUUCGGAUUCCAGCGAUAGUGACAGCGGCAGCGACUCUGAUGACAGUACCGAGGAGGAUCGUCCAAUGCAACGGCAGCAGCAGGAACAGGACCACCAGAUGUAUCAGAAUCAUCACCACCAACAGCAGCAAAUGUCCCAGCAGCACCUGAACCAGCUGCCUAACCUAGGCCUGGGUUCAAUAUCACCAGCCUAUAGCAACAAUCAUCACCAACAGCAGCAGUUGCACCAUCAUCAGCAGCAGCAACAGCAGAAGCAACAGUCCGGCAUUUAUGCGUCCAAUGGUGGCUUUCCAAACGAUUUGCUACAAAACGAUCUGCAAUUGUCGUCCAACUCGUCAGAUGAUGAUGACGAUUAGCUGUCUUAGGUUUGAUCUUAUUUGCCUGCUUUUGACAAAACCAACGACAACAAGAGCAACAACAAUUAUUGAUAUUCUGUCUAUAUGCGUGUAAUUAAUUUGUAAUUAUUGAGGGGUGAUUUUACUUGCUAGUGAAAUUUUUAUAAAUAAAUCUUAGUUCUACACCACGAUAUACACAAACAUAUAUUAAUUAAUUUUAAACACUAACUUUAGACCUUCCAAAUGUGCUGGUAAACAUUGAAUUAAAACGAGAAAGAAUAAUCAAAUCAAAAACACAAAUCACAAUCUAAACCUAUCUUUGUCAAUACAUAUUAGUUUUAAAUAAUAAAUUAACAAUUGUGUAAAACUUGUUGGAAUACCUAAAUGAGAUCGCAUGCAAAAAUAUACAAAUAUAUGUACCAACAAUAACCAAGAGACGAAUCGAACGAUGUAGACGAUGCAACUACGGAAAUUAUUUAGUUUUUAAUAAGAAUUCUGCAAAUCUUAAAUAUGUAUUUUAAGUUACCAAGAUGGAAACUGACCACGCGGAUUUUUGCCAUUAAUUACGCAUUUUAAUCUAAGCCUGAAAAUUAUUUGAAAAACAAAUUCAGAUACCAAAAGCGAAUAGAAACAUUUUGUUUUGUUUCCCUUAUUAUUUCGCUCAUUUUAUACAGUCAAGAUUUAUUUAAUAUUUUCAAAAGUAAAAUUACUUUCUGAAUGUUCGUUUUUGAUUAAUUUGUUAGCUAUAUAUUUAUCAUGAUUGUAUUUUAGCCCCUUAUCUUUAUUAGUUACAUAUUUGUGCGGUAUGAAGACACUUAUGUUUUUAGCUCAUGUUUUAUUUGAAUUUAUUUGUAGUUCUUUAAUUAUUUUUUAAUAUAUAUAUUACGAUUUUGUUAUGAGCUUGCAAUAGUUAAAAGCAACGAAAGGAAAUAAAUGUGAAACGAAAGAACCGGCCUGGUGAAAGCCAUUUUUGUUUAAUGUCCACUCCCCCGAAUACCCUAAGAAUUUGUUAAGAUGCUGAGGAGUACAGUACUCACUCAAAACACAACUCCUUCCAAAUGUGAGCGUGCCGAAGUCCAUACACACACUUACUGAUAUCGACACUAUUUAAUUUGCCAAGCCAACAAUGAAAUGUAUUUAUGAAGUACCAUCCACGAGAGAAACGACCAAUAUCUGAGAAAAGUCAGAUCGAAAUGGAGAUAAUACCAAUUAUUUUUUGUACAUUCUACAUGAACAUAUGUCUAGGGUUAAAUUGUAUUUCGAGCUGGCAGUUUUGAAGUUGAGUUUUCGAAGGAUUCACUCUUCAGAGCACCAGGAACUAGAAUCGAGCAUCAAUACCAACACCAAAAACAAUUACAAACAAAUCAACAGAAACUUAACGAAAACAACAAAAUGAUUUAGAUAAUCAUAAGCACAAUAUACAUAUGCAAAAAAUCUAGAACUAAUUAUAUAACUAAUUCUGUAUAGAAUCCGAAAAUGCCUAAGAUCACAAUGAAAUCAAGCAAGUAACUUAGUCUAAUUGGUAAGCAAAUAAAUAUAUAUUAUAUACAAACAUGCA